AAGGCCACCGUACUGCGUUGUAAAUGACGUCACGAGCAAUAACAAGGGGCAACACAAGCGGUUGUUGAAAUGCUAACUGGGUUGAAUGCUUAUUGACUUACACAUGCAUUUGUUUGGGAUUCACUAACACAAGUAAAAAUAGUUUAACACUUGAGGCUCGACAAUGGUUUCCACGAGCUGUUGCGUAACGUUGCGGUUUGUGGACUUUUUUACGCUGUCACCGUUGGAUAGCAUACAAAUGCUACCGUUGAGCUAAGGAGCCCCAUUAGCCUCCCAAUAGAUGACUAUGACCAAGACAAACCCGUAUUAGUAAAUAGCUCGUUGUGCAUCGUUAGCUCAUCUAGUGCAUCCGUCCAUCAACUGCCCGAUAGAUCCUCUCCAAGAGGUAAACGUUGAGCAAUGGUGUUACGUUGAAGCGUCACAACCUGCGGUUGCAUCUUCCGAGAAGUAUUAACGUUGUAUUCGAGUCUGAUUUUCCCACAAACACGCGAAAGUCCAUCAUGUCGGACCUGGACACCCUCAUCGUAACCUUUCAGACCCAGCUGUCGGAUGUAAUGGAGACUGUAACAAAGACGGCCAUGUACGAGGUCACGAGGUUGGUGGAGGAAGGCUUCUUGGAGGAGAUGCAGCGCAGGAACCAGGAGGUGGAGUCCCUGAGGAUGCAGCUGCGACGGGCUGAGACGAAACUAAGUGAUCAAGUGGGGAAAGCGGCGAGAACAACCGGGAGGUGUGUUGGUUGUUCAAAGGAGGAUGUGCCACUGCGCGGUGAUGCUGUAGAAGGAAGCCCCUCAGAACAGCAAGCUGAUGGCUUCAGGGGCUGUGUGGUCAAAGAAGAAGGUGACUCUGUGGAAAGGUGGUCAAUGUGCUGCACACAGGAAGUCAUGCCACAGUCAGAAGACAAUCCUAGAUGCACUUUUAGUCCUGAGAGGAAGUGCCUGACCGAGGAGGAGGAUGUGCUGCCGGUAGUGGAUGUGAAGGAUGAAGAUGCAAAUAACCCGUCUUGUUUUUCUGUGCAUUGGAGGAGUGCUCUUGAUUAUGAGGUGGAACCUGAGUCCCACAUUGCUACUGAGAAGACCGAGGCACUACCAAAACAAGCUCAAGUGAGCAGUGAAAAACUAUUGAGGGAUGUUAUUACACAAGACCUGCAUGUCUUUCCUGAAGACCAGGAGCAAGCGCACGUGGCCACAGAUCCGUGUUUAGCGGUGGACCGAAGCUGGACUGGUAUGGCUGUCCCAACAGCUGCUUUACUGCCGAAUGACAGAUUCUCAUCAGAACCGGACGGUGAUCCAGUCAAAACCAUCGAUUCUCUAAAGCUAACCGAACAAGAGAUGUCCAACUCUGUCACAGCACAUGCCGAUGUUCUGAUUGCCCCGCGUAAAGAUCAGAUUUCAUCCUCAGCGUUCCCUACGUCGAGACUGCAAAACAUCGAUGCGCUGGGUGUCACUAUCAAGCAGGAGGUCCUUGUCGAUUCGGAUGGAUGUGUGGAAAGCGAGCCUAAAAAAAAGAAGACAAAAAUGUCCAGGAUGGCAUCUUUCUCAUGCUCGGUUAAACAUCACAGAGGGAGUUCAGAUGCAUUUAAGCAAAACCGCAUUUCCCACAAAGCCUCAGUGCAGGACGUCAGGAAGCUGCAUUCCAAAGUGGGCGCUGGUCUCCGAUUGCAAGCUGCUAUUCAGCCCCUCCACAGGCCGAUGAAAAGGGCCGCUAACACAGCACUGUCUAUAGCUCACACUCCCGUUGCAAACGCAAAUCCCCUCAACAGAACUUCAUCCACAUCUAAAGUGUUUGCUCCACCUCCUCUCUCGCUGCAGCGAGUUCACCUGGGCGAUAAACAGACCGCAGCACAUAAUCGAACGGGGGUCCCUUGGGUCAGCAUCAAAACCCACCAGUCCGCAAACUCCCUUUGCAGCGACCCGCUGCUCCAACCGGACUCUGACCCUCACACCGUUGCCAGGCAUCUCCUGCGCUGCGGCCUGUGCGGGAAGUGCUUUCCCCACCCCAGCAACCUGAAGGCCCAUUUGCAGACGCACACAGGUGAGCGGCCUUUUUGCUGCUCCCUCUGUGGUCGCAGCUUCACCAAGCUGAGCAACCUCAAGGCCCACAGACGGGUCCACACAGGGGAGAGACCGUACUGCUGCUCGGCCUGUGGCAAACGCUUUACCCAGAAAUGCAACCUGAAGCGCCACCAGAGAAUCCACCUGGAUGUAUGAUGGUGGAAAGCCAGAGUUAAGAGGGUGUGUUUCUUGUAGAUUAUGUUGCAAUGUUCUUCAUGCGUACUUAUCUCUCUAGUGAUUGUACCACGUUAUCCUGUGCAUUUCAGAACUGUUCAACCAGUAACUUGCUGUGAGGCUAUCAAAGGAUGACAGGCAGUGUGUUGUGAGUCAUGCUGAGAUUGACAUUUGUCACUGGGUCAAUAAAUAUUUAUUUUGUGAAUUCAAGUCCAGAAAAUCAGUCUACUAAAUUGCGCUGUGUAUUGUAGCAGAACCAAACUUACUGUUUAACUGAUCAGGGCCUUUAUUAUUUUAUUAACCUGCUCUUCAGUCAUGCUCACAAAGUUAUAUGAAAGAAAUUCAUUAAAUUGACUGUCUUAAAAAUACUUAAUGAAAUACAAUAGAGUCACCAAAGGUCUCCAAAUUUGGUUUUGAGAAGAUCUUAGCUGGCUCAUACAUAAAAAAACACACACUCUCUAAGAUAUCUUCUCAUUGGCCCUGACCUAUGAUGAAUAAUAUUUAUAGGAACUGCAAGAGUUUAGAAAUGUGUAGUUUUAGCAUUCUACUGCUUUAAAAGGAUCUUUCACUGCUUUUCAGUUUAUCUUUAUUUGGUUUUCAAUUUGUGUCCAAUUAUUAUUUAUCCCUAACCAUGUGUUUUCAUGUUAUAAAUGAAGUAGAUUGCUGUUUUCCUUAUGCUACCUUUUACUGGAUAAAAAAAGAACUCAUGUUUUUUUAAGCAUGACAAAUGAACGUUAUUCCUUUCUUUUUGAUUCAUAUUUAUUUUAUACAUUUUACAAUCUGAACACAUAUGAUUGUUUCAUAGGAAAGUCACAUGAUCCUCUUAAACAUAGUUUAACUUGUUUCUUGCUCCUUAAUAAGCUCCACAGUGUAAUUCUCAAUAGUCUGGCUAAUAAGAGCACAUGUCCUGUGACUAGAACGUAACAAUAAAUUAAAUAUCAGAAAUUAAAAAAUUGUUUUGACAUUUUUUUCCAAUGAAAGUUAUUUUCUUAAAACUUAAGUAUGAUUUGCCUCUGUUAGAAUUACAGUUAACUGUUGUGUCUGAAUUUACAUUAUGACGGAAACACCACUUUUCUGAUGUUUAACAGAAAGUGUGUCCAAAAACAACUAACUCAAUGUUUUUUUACACCACUUUUCCACCUAAAUAUCACAAUAGCAGAUAUUGUCACAUGACAUUUUUGUCCUUUUGUUGGGCUGCUAUUGUACUAUUUUGAAAAGAGAUUAUCUUAAAGAAAACCAUUUACACUUUCUGUAAAGUCUGUAGACACUGUUUUAGUCACUCAGUUUCCAAGCUUGUGUUUGUGCUGGUUACAUAUCUCAUGCUUUAUUGUAUCUGUAGUUAGUCAAAGCAUCAACGUGCAGCUGGUCCAACAGAUAACAUUUUCAAUUUGAGGAAAAAACUUGCCAAGGCUCAACUUCUUCAAAAAGAGAGAGAGAGAGAGAACGUGGAUUAAAGCAAUUCUGUCUUAGAUGAAAUCUUUGAACACAAUAAUGAAAAGUUAUCUAUGAAGAGCAAUUGAGAAAUAUCCAUUUAGCUAAAUCUGCAGUGGACGAGGGUGAGUUGAGUGUUGGAGUGCACAGUAUAACAUAUCCACCUUCCUAUGUGUUAGCCAACAUAGAACGUAUGUCAGUACUAAAACAUGAGCUGCAAAAUGUGUAAACCUCAUGGGAAUCGCUGUUUCUUCUAAUUGGAGCACUGUGAAGUUUCUCCUGAAAAUGUUUGUUACCUAAUUAAAGAAAAAACCUUAACCCGGA